AUGAAGAAAUAUGGUUACCGACAUGGAAAUACGAAUCACACUUUGUUUAUCAAAUACAGAGAAGAUAAGGUCACCUUGUUAAUAAUUUAUGUGGAUGAUAUGGUAGUUAUUGGUGAUGAUACCGAAGAGAUUAAAAGACUACAAGGGUAUCUCUCUUCAGAGUUCGACAUGAAAGACAUAGGAGGCUUAAAGUACUUCUUAGGAAUUAAAGUUGCUCAUUCCCGUGAGGAUAUUUACUUGUCACAGUGGAAGAAACAUGGGCAUUUGGAAGUAAAAGGGUACACAGAUGCUGAUUGGGCUGGAAACAUUACUGAUGGACGCUCUACAUCAGGGUACUUUACAUUUAUUGGAGGCAAUCUUGUAACUUGGAGGAGUAAGAAACAGAAUGUGGUUGCUAAAUCCAUUGCAGAGGCUGAAUAA